UAUUUAGUAAUUUCGUACUCUUCAACGCGUGGCGUUGCUCGAAGAAACAAAGCUUUCAAUUAUGAGCGGUAGCUUUUUUAAGAAAAUCAGUGCUUGAAAGUAGUUUUAAAGGGUUAAGCGUUUAAUAUAUGUAUGUCAAAUUGCUGAACCCUCAACCGGGGCACUUUGAAAUUGAACCAGAAACGCUGUGGGCUCAAAUCGUCAGCGUUGUAAACAGGGCAGUUAUAGAUGCCCAAUUAAAACCCUGUGAUAUCACGAACUUUGGUUUGUCGACACAACGCUGUACAUUUCUUACUUGGAACCACGAAACACAGGAGUAUUACCAUAAUUUUAUAACAUGGAAAGAUUUGCGUGCGAAUACAUUAGUGGACCAAUGGAAUGCUGGAGCAGCUAUUAAGGCAUUAAACAUAUUUUCUUACGUUUUGUACUUGAUUACACGGAGCAAACGAUUUCUAGCAGCAAGUGUGUUGAAAAUGAUGAAUGGGCAGGUCACUCUGCGCCUUCUGCAUGAGCUUGAGAACAACACUCGUCUUCGAGAGGCACUUAAGCAAAAAGACGCACGCGUUGAACUAUUAGAUUCCUGGAUACUUUACAAAUUAAGAUCUGGAAAUGGCGCACGACCAAAUGUUGAUCAUAUCAGCGAUAUAACUUCUGCUACUGCCACUGGACUUUUUGAUCCAUUUACACUUAGCUGGUCACCUCUUAUGAAAAUGCUGUUUGGGAUCGAUUCUUCUUUACUUCCUAAAGUUGUGGACAAUGGCUAUAAAGAUUUCGGUCAAAUACAUCCUAGAUCCUUAGGACCCGAUUGGACUAACUCCGUUAUAUCUAUAAACGCCUCCGCAAGUGAUCAAACUGCGGCUCUUUGGGGGUCACAUUGCUUUGAGCGUGGUGAUGUGAAAAUUACUUUGGGAACUGGCGCUUUCCUCAACUUGACUACGGGUAGUGAUUGCCACGCCUCGUUAAUGGGGAUGUAUCCGUUGGUUGCUUGGCAAUUUAGAGACGCACAAGAAUGUGCUCGAACCAUUUAUUGUAUUGAAGGUGCUUCAAAUGACAUGGGUUCGGUGAUAGAAUGGGCGAAGCUGUGCGGUCUUUUUACCAACCCCAUGGAAUCUGCUGCUAUCGCGGAAUCUGUACCAGACACUAAAGGCGUUUAUUUUAUACCAGCUUUCAGCGGCUUGGGAGCCCCUAUCAAUGAUCAAAAAGCUGCCUCGGGCUUUAUUGGGAUUACUCCGUCCACGACGCGUGCACAUUUAGUGCGAGCUAUACUGGAGAGUAUAGUCUUCCGAGUAGUUCAAUUAUGCGAAACAGUGGAAAAAGAAAGCAAAUACACAUUGAAAGCGUUAAGAGUUGAUGGCGGAGUAUCACGUAACAACUUUGUUUGCCAACUAUUAGCAGAUGCUACAGGAAUAUGUGUUGAACGCGCCUCCACUAUCGAAUCAAGUGUAUUGGGAGCAUCGUACAUGGUUGGAUAUAAUAUUGGCCUCUGGAAUAGUUUUCACGAUCUGCGAAAACUUCGUAAAAUAGAUCGUGUUUUUGAGCCACGGGUAGAGUAUUAUUCAAGCAUAAAAGAACAUAUUAUGAAUUGGAUGAAGGCAACGCAACGGUUUCGUAAUUGGUAUUAAAAGCAAACAAUAAAGUCGAACUACCCUGUGAAAUUGGGAGUUUCUUUAUUUCUUUCGGAAAUAUAA